AUGUCCAGUGACCAACCAAACAUGACCCACCAGAUCCCCGCGCCCAUCGGAGGCAUCCCUCUUCCUCUCGACUUCGCCCCAUCCAUCCUAUUCUCUAUCCUAUAUGCCGCUGUAUUCAUCGUGAUCGCCUGGCGCGUGUAUCGCCCAGAUUCGCGUUGCUUCCUGCUUGUGGGGAGCGUCAUCGGCGCGCUGGAACGAGUUGUGUUCUUCGCGCUGCGCGCAUACGCCGCGCAGCACGAAGGCCUCCGCGCAAACCGCGAGCUCCAGGUGUACUUCCAGACCACCCUCGCUGCGGGCUUCAUCACCCACGCGCAGCUCGUCCUCGACCUCCUCCGGAGCCUCCUCGCUCACCCCCGCGCACGCCCGUCGUCCACGCCCGCCAUCGCGACGAGCUCCGACAUCGAGCUCAACCCGCGGAGCGCUCCGGGCACCGAGCCCGACUACCCGCAGCUGCGCUACUACGUCAGACAGGCGUGCGGCCUGCCCGGGCUCGUCAUGCUCGGUGCGGUCGUCCUCGGCAUCGACGGCUCGCACGCCGCGCUCGUGCGGGGCAUUUGGUACGCGAGCGCCGGGAUCGCGCUGGGCAUGCUCGUGUGGAUCGGCGCGGUCGUGGGCUGGGCGGUGUGCCGCGUGCCGCGUGUGCCGCGGUGGCCGAUCGUGUGGCUCGCGAGCAUGGGGACGCUGGCGGCGAUCGUGGCGAUCUACCGCCUCGGAGUCCUCCACUGUUCGACGCCGCUGGGUGGCCUCGAGUCGACGGCGAGCUGCUCGGGGAACACGCCUGGGGAGAAGGCCGAGUUCUGGAUCUUUCACGUCGCGCCCGAGUUCUUGAUCGCAGCGCUCCUGGCCGCCGUCAAUGCCAGACAGAUGUUCGGGACGGGGCUCUGGGGGGACAUCAAAGGGAAGGACCCGAAGCCUGUCAAGUAG